AAAGAGAAAGGUUUGUUUGCUCAGCCAACUCUCUCUCCCUCUCUCUUUAGUGGCUCCGGAUUUGCUUUUUCCUUAAUAUAUUGUUGAUGUUGUGGCAUUCCCCAGCUGGUUUGCAGUGACCUAACUGGAACAAGACGGAAGCGUUUGUGGGACCUCGGAGCCAUGGAAAGCAAAGGACCUUGGGAUGCAGAAUCCAGUGGGAUCAUGGUUGUGCCAGAAGUAGAAGAACAGCCAGGAGAGAGGACGGAUGAGCUCGAGGACAGAGGACAGUGGACCAACAAAGUGGAGUUUCUACUGUCUGUGGCUGGAGAGAUCAUUGGUCUGGGCAAUGUAUGGAGAUUCCCUUAUCUCUGCUACAAGAACGGAGGUGGUGCCUUCUUCAUCCCAUAUCUCAUAUUCCUCUUUACUUGUGGGAUCCCAGUAUUCUUGCUGGAGACAGCCCUUGGGCAGUAUACCGGCCAGGGUGGGAUCACUGCCUGGAGACGGAUCUGCCCUAUCUUUGAAGGAAUUGGCUAUGCUUCCCAAGUCAUCGAAUCAUUCCUGAAUGUCUACUACAUCAUCAUAUUGGCUUGGGCCCUGUUCUACCUAUUUAACUCCUUCACUGCUGUUCUACCCUGGGCCAGCUGCAGUAAUACCUGGAACACAGCUCUUUGUGUGGACUUUCUGAACAGCUCGAGUUCAGAGGACAAGAUCAUGCCAGCUAACGCCACCUCUCCAGCCAUUGAGUUCUGGGAGAGGAGAGUCUUGGGAAUAACGGAUGGGAUACAUAAUCUGGGCACCGUGAGGUGGGAACUGGCUCUCUGCCUCUUGCUUGCCUGGAUCAUCUGCUACUUCUGCAUCUGGAAAGGAGUCAAGUCCACUGGCAAGGUGGUCUACUUCACUGCCACAUUUCCUAACCUGAUGUUGAUUGUUCUGCUGGUUCGAGGAGUCACUCUUCCUGGUGCAACUGAAGGGAUUCUGUUCUAUUUGAAGCCAGACAUUUCAAGACUAGCAGAUCCCCAGGUAUGGAUGGAUGCAGGCACUCAGAUCUUCUUUUCUUAUGCCAUCUGCCAGGGGUGCCUCAUAGCUUUGGGCAGCUACAAGUACAACAACAAUUGCUACAGGGAUUGUUUUAUGCUCUGCUUCCUGAAUAGCGCCACCAGUUUUGUGGCUGGCUUUGCCAUCUUCUCCGUGUUGGGCUUCAUGGCGCACGAACAGGGUGUGCCUGUCUCAUAUGUGGCUGAAUCAGGUCCUGGCUUAGCAUUUAUCGCCUACCCAAAAGCUGUCACCAUGAUGCCUGUGUCUCAGUUCUGGUCCUGCUUGUUCUUCCUUAUGCUGAUCUUCUUGGGACUGGACAGUCAAUUUGUCUGUGUCGAGAGCUUGGUGACAGCCAUUGUUGACUUGUUCCCGGACAUCUUCCGUAAGAAAGGACGCCGGGAGGUGCUGAUCCUGGGCAUUGCAGUGAUCUGCUACUUGAUUGGCUUGCUACUGGUCACUGAGGGUGGAAUGUACAUCUUCCAGCUGUUUGAUUAUUACGCAGCCAGUGGGACAUGCCUGCUCUUCCUCGCUAUCUUUGAAGUCGUCUGCAUUGGAUGGGUUUAUGGAGCAGACCGUUUCUAUGACAACAUUGAGGAUAUGAUUGGCUACCGGCCAUGGCCCUUGGUUAAAGUGUGCUGGCUCUUUCUCACACCAGGAGUUUGUCUGGCCACCUUCCUGUUUUCACUCAUUAGGUACACACCGCUCACGUAUAACAAAGUAUACGAAUAUCCGCCAUGGGGUAUUGCUGUGGGCUGGUUGAUGGCGCUGUCCUCUAUUAUCUGCAUCCCAUUGUACGCUGUGUUCAUCCUCCUGAAAACCAAAGGAUCAUUAAAAGAGCGGUUACGCCAGCUCACUUCUGCAGCAGAGGACUUGCCCCAGCCCAAGAAGCACCUGAUUGCCUUAUCUGGACAGUGCUUCAAGCCGAGAAGUCAACAUCCAGGCAAGGAAGUGCUCAUCACCACAGAGAAGGAAACCAACUUCUAGACCUCCCAGGGAAGAACUUCUUUACCUUCUGGAGACAUCUCUCCUUAUUUCUUUUGUGUCCUGCUUAAAUCUGGGAUGAGCUGCUGUUCAGGGUCCCUUAAGAUGCCAUCACCUUCUUCCCUUUGCAUUUACUUAGCAUACAGACUGGAAUAGGGCCAAUGGAACAGUCACUGUAGAGGUGAAAAAUUGUCUGUGAAGGGUCCAGAGCUCAGAGGAAACCUGAAUUCCUGUUUACUGGCAGUGCUAGGGGAUUGAACCUGGCACAUUGUGCAUGCAACACAGGUGCUUUAACCACUGUGCUGUACACUCCUUCCCAUUUAUAAGAAAUAAAUUAGCAGCAAGAUGUUGGAAAAGACAGUGAAUAAAGCUAGCCAGUUCAAGUUCCUGUGACUUCCUGAAAGUUUCUUCCACUGCUGGCUUAACUCACUGGCAAAAACAUUUCACUUUCCUUCAACACCCGAAUCUCCAGCCAUAUCUGCAUGACCUAACUGCAGGAAUUGUGGCAAAGUUGGUGGAUUACUGUUGUGUUGUUUUUAAAUUUAAAAUUCACAAAGAUCUUUGCUGUAGGUGAGAUUCCUUUUUUAUUUUUAUCUUAAGAAGAUUGGCAACAAUCCUCAUUUGGAUGUAGAAACCAGAGCUUGAUCACUCAGCCUCUCCCAUUACGCAGGAGGCCCUGGAGGGGGGAAAGGCGAUAAAUUGGAAGCAAGAUGAGUUUGUCAGAAAAAGAGCAUGUCAAAGCCACUUAAGAUCUUUCUCUUUUUUUCUCCUUUGAGAAGAGACUAGUGCAGAAAGGAAAUGGAGCAGGCAGACAGUAUUUCAGCUUGAAUAUCCAUUGUUUGAUUCAGCUCUGUGUGACAUCCCUGAGUUGCUGGGAAAACCUGAGAAAUGCAAGUUGAAUGCAACUGCCAUAUAAGCAAAUGCCAAAACUGCAUUAGAAGUUCAGGACAGCCUGGAUCAUAUAGGAGAUAACAAAGCUGAAGUCUCUGACCUCAUGAUGCUAGCUUAGCAUUUGUGAUACAGAGGUUGGCAUAUGGUCUGCGGCACAAAAUAAGAGGUAGUGGGGGUGGGAGGGAAAUGGAAGACACAACAAGCUAGAAAAUCAAUUUCUGUGCACAGAGUCCUGGUUUGCUUUCAUUUAUUUCUUGUGUAAAUGUUCACUGCUAACCAAGGUCAAUUCAAUAUCCUAAACACCAGGAGGGAACCCUUUUUGCAUUGUGAAUGUUGUGGCUGCAGCUAGGGAUGUUGGAGAAUUCUGACGAAAAUGGAAACAGGAGUGGAAAUUGCCUGUGUUUGUUUAUUUGUCCCAUGUCCGGAAAUCCAUUGAGUAUGAUCAGUAAUUGCUGCUGCUGUUUUCUUUCAGCCCUCAAAUGAUAAGCAAUUGAUUCCAACCCUCCUCUCCCAUAUUUGCGUUGUGUUUCCUUUGUAUUCCUUGCAGAAUUUUGGAGAAAAGUUAAAGGUUUACUGCAUCUCAGUUUGCCUAUUGCUUCAAGGAGUGUGAAUUGCAUAAACUUGGAUUAAAAUGCAGGUUGAGCCAAAUUUCACCUCCACCCCUCGAUUGGGCAAGAUGUGCUGUCUCAGUAAUGGAAAGGCCGGUACUGAAAUGGUCAAAUCAUAUACCACGAAUGUCAACAGGAGCCAGGGUCCAUUUCAGCACUUGGAACUCCUUGGCCAGUUGUUGAGAGCCCAGUGCCUGGUAGGGCACACCAGCACUAACACCUACCUUUGGCCCCCAUGUCAGGUAGAUGGAUCUGUGAGUCACCAUUCACAUUUCCCACAAUGAACCAGAACAGCUGCCUGUUUCUAGUUCUGCUUUGGCAAAACUUACACACACUUACCUAGGACAAUCUCUUUGAAUGUUCAUAGGAUCUGUUUGUAGACAAUAGUUUGAUCCAAUGCAGCGCUAAGUUGAAGUCUCUUAGUGGUAUACUUGUUCCACUGGAAAAAUGUGUUGCACCAGUGGAACAUUGAUGCACGAGAGAAUGCAUAAGCAGCUUGCUGGUAACUUUGUUGUACAAUAGACUGUGCAGUCUCGUAUGGAACAAGUUUCUGCUAGCACAACUGUUGCAAUAGAUUCCUCUGUUGCAUAACAUUAAAACUCAGCCACCCACUUGCACAAGAAUCCUUGUGCUAGUGGACAGAAAACACUGAAUACAGCCCAUAGAAAUGAUAUGCUCAUGAGAGUUUUGAUCUGUCAGGUUUUUUUCCUCCACCAGCAGAAGUUAUUCCUAAUUCCAAGGUGUUCAUCAGCAACUUGAAUGUUCAUAAAAAGCCAUCUAACUCUUGUUUACAGCAUUUGUGAGUACAGAAGACAUCCCAUAAAUGAUUGACAAGUGUUGCUUUUUACUCUACUCCCAUGCCUUCCCUAGCAGUCUGGUAUGCAGAAAUGAAGCAACUGAAGUGUUUCCUAUCACUUUGGGCCAAUUCCCAGUCUUCAGUGGUUCCUGGUAGAGUGCCACAGAAGCAGAGGAGGCAAUAAGUCUGCAGCCAGGUGGUGUCCAUGCCGUUUGUCAGAAUCCUAAGCUACCACUAUUUUGCAAAUCGCAAUAGCCACACAAGUCUUCACAUUAUCUAUCCAAAUAGUGCUUCCAUCUGACAAUCUCUCAGCUGCCAGCAAUGGCCCUGCAUGUUCCCUUGGCACCCUGUUUGCAAAAUUUAAGAAUUUUGCAAAAUACAAAUGCACUUUCACUUUCACAAGAUUAAUAUGCUGCCUUUGGCUGUGCUUGAGGGUUGAUUUCAAAAACUCCCACUGGAAAAAAACAUUUAUGUCCAUGUGGGGAUGGCAGUAUUGAGUCAGUGGCUCAUGUGCUUCUGGCUUGCACUCUUUAUGAAGAUUUGAGGAGUGAGGUUAUUAACCCUCUAUUACUGUCCAUGCUGGGUUGCUCAACCAUUGCUACCAUGUCCUUUCUUUUAGCAGAUCAAGAUGAUCAGGUGACAGCGAAAACAGCAAGGUUUUUCGCAGGUGCAAGUAGAAUAAGAUCUUUUAUAUGAUUAUUGUUGUAAACCUCCAAAAUGUAUUUUGUAUAGUUAAGUUUUUACCUCUAUCUUUAGUACAUUUUGUUUUGUUUUAGUGCUAUGGCUAGUGGCCGAUGCAAAUAAAAAUUCUUCUGAUUAUGAUUGUUCCAAACCAGGGAAUGCAUCAUUGGCUAAAUGUCAGGCUGCACAGGAAGAAAGAGCUGCCAACAGCAGCUCGCUGAGUUUUAUUUGUCAUAGAUGUACAUUUACAUCUUUAUAUUUUUCAUAAACCUUUGUACUUAAGAUAUACUCAAUAAACAGCAUUUCUUUAAUUAUGAACCAACAA